GCCUGGCACUGAACGUGUGGGAACGAAUGGCCGGAAAGUAAUCACCUGGACCAUCACGCAACCAGGGGGAAAAACGUUCUGCUUGUGUUGAUAUAUCGAAAGAGGGUUGCAUUUUAGCCUUUGGGAUCCUAUUUUCACUCAACAACAUCGAGGAUAAUCUUUAAGAAAGCAGGAGGUUUGUGAACAGACAUGGAGGAGUACGCGAAUGAACCGUGUGUAUUUUAACAGCCCCUGGCGAAUAGUGAACGACACGGGAGGAGCUUUUACAAUGGGAGUUAUUGGAGGUGGUCUCUUCCAGGCUAUAAAAGGAUUCAGGAAUGCCCCUAGUGGUUUAACAAGACGGUUUAAUGGUAGUAUAGUGGCCAUAAAACAACGUGCACCAGUAGUUGGUGGUCAGUUUGCUGUAUGGGGAGGCCUGUUUUCGACAAUUGACUGUUCCUUAGUUUAUUUACGUAAAAAAGAGGAUCCCUGGAACUCUAUAAUAUCUGGUGCUGCUACUGGAGGGAUCUUGGCUGCAAGAAGUGGAGCAGCAGCUAUGGCAGGAAGUGCAGUUGUUGGUGGAAUGUUAUUAGCCAUGAUUGAAGGUGUUGGUAUUUUGUUGACAAGAUUUACAUCAGAACAGUUCAAGCCCAUUGCACCGGGAGAAAUGAGUGACCCUUCUGUUCUUGGUCCUGUACAGCCUUUACCGUUUAACCCCGAUAAUAAUUAUCAAUGAGUUAACUUAUGAUAGUUAUCAGUAUUCAAUUUUUUUUUUUUAUUUGGCAGAUUUAAAUUUUUUCAGUACAUGUUAAAUAGGAGUUUGUCAUCAGAUACAUUACAUUAUGAAAAUUUCUUUUGUUCUUUAUUACAAACUGUAAGUUUAUAUAAUUUAACCACAACAUAAAGUUUCCAGACCACUCAGCUAUGAUGUCAUUGAUCUAUUUUUCUAGUUAUCACACCCCCUCCUCAUACGCAAGAUUAAAGUGCAGUGUCCCCUUGGUAUAUUUGUAUUAUUCUUAGAAAUACGUAUAUGGUCAGCCUCAUGAAAAUACAAUGUAUAUAUAUACAUAUAUAUAUAUAUGGGAUAUAUAAACUGAUAUAUUGUUUAACCUAUUAAACAUUGUGCUCUUAUGACUGCUGCACAGGUUUAAAAAUCAAGAUUUUAGUUUACUGUUUAGCAGUAUGCAUUUUGACACAAAGUGAAAGUGACCAGGUACGAGACAUGUUAAUGCCUUGCAAUUUUUUUAACAGGAACGAUGAUACAGUACAUGGAUGCUUUAUUAAUAGUAACAUCAAUUACAUUGCAAUCUCUCUGGUUACCCAAAAUUUGCGAACCUUUCACCAUGAUGUUUUUGUGAAUUUAAGUAAUUUUUAUGUACGUUAUGUUGUAUAUUGGAAAUGGAUUACAGAAAAAGAGGUACAGCACAGUACUUAUAUUUCAUUAGUAUUGUAGGUCUUUCUUUUUUGCUGCAACGGCAACUGUUUAGGAAACAUGAUAAGGCAGUUUGUAUUUUUAUGCUUUGUUACCUAAACAUUUGCAGUAUCUCAGCAUGUUUAUUUCUUCUUGAUUUUUGUAUAUAAUAUACAUUAAUGGACAGCCUUUUUUUGGUUAUGCUGUACUUUACUACAAUAUUAUUUGUAUGUAAUGAUGGCAUAGUUUUUAUUAAAUGAAAGAGUUUAAAAUUUUUUUCUCUUACCAUUAUCAUCAUCUUGUGUGUGUAAUGUUUUUGGGGGAGAAAAUAUCUAGGUGAAGUAGCUAUAGCCUCAUUUAAAUUUGUUUUUAAUUUAUUACAUCAAUAAAUUCUUUCAUUCAAUAUAAAAACAUCUACCAGUGAAGAAAUGCAUUGUUUAGUAAAUACUUUUUUUAUA